AUGGCUACAAGUCUGUGCCAACAGUUUGAUACUUUAAGGAAGAUUUUUCGCGAUGAAUUGGAUGGUUCUGGAAAAUAUGAUUUUGAAAAUGGAAAAUUUAAGAAAUAUUGUCCUAAAGAAAAAUGCGAUGCUGAUACCGAUAUAGUUAACGCUGGAUGUUUAUGGUUAUUUAGUACAUUUUUCGAUAAAUAUGGUGUUUUACAUUAUGAAGAUAUUUAUAAGGAUAUGGUUGUAUGUAUUAUGAUAUGGUUAAGUUAUAAAUUAAGCCUAAAGUCAUAUGACGGAAUCAACACAUUAAAUGAUUUUUAUUCUAAUUAUAUAGAAAAUAACGAAAAGUACACUCAAGAAAGAAAUAUUGAUUCAGAUUAUGACAGUUAUAAGGAAAUAAUAGAUGAAAUAAAGGACUAUAUGAAUAUUAAUAUUAGUCAUAUGUCUAAAUUUUAUGAAUUACUUAAAUUCUUGUGUAAUAUGAAUACUGCUUAUACGAAAGAUAAAAGUAACGAUUUUUCAAAAUAUGUUAAGAACUUUGUUGAUGAAUAUGAAAAACUCCUUAAUGAUAAUAUUAAAGACAGUUCAUACAGUAAAGUGUUACUUGUUUUAUCCAAUUAUUAUAAUAAUUUUGUAAAUAACAGAGCUAUUCAUAAUACACAAAUGAAACUUCUUCCAUUACCAACACAAAAAACAGCCAAAAAUGUCGGUGCAGAAGGUUCUAAUAAAACUAAAUUAGAUAGCCCCUCGAUUAAAACAAAUCAAUCAGAUACUGUAACAACAACCCCGAGUUCUAACACCACAUUAUCAGGCUCAUCACUAGUAAAUAAAUUAAUUCCAUUUUUAUCGAUAAUUGUUGGAAUAGCAAUUUUGUUGGGAAUUUCUUAUAAGUAUUCGUUAUUUGGAUUUCGGAAACGAACUCAAAAACAACAUUUAAGAGAAAAUCUAAAAAAAUAA